CGCGUCCUCUUGUCCUCAGUUUUCUCGUGUCCCGUUCAAUCGAUGCCCUUUUCAGUGGGGUUGUAGUGCGGUGUGGUAGAAUUUCUAGUCUUUUACAAAAUCUCAAGAAUUACUAAAGUAUACUUAUAACAGCUUGAAAGAUGGCUAAUGAACUAAAAGAAAUAAAUGAUAUCGUGAAAAAAUGCAAAAUUCUGCUUUUGGACAUCGAAGGGACUACAACGUCGAUCAGCUUUGUUAAGGACAAAUUGUUUCCCUAUGCUGAAGAAAACGUGAAGACAUUCCUGGACAGUCAGUGGGAGAAUGAAGAUGUAAAGAUGGCUGUGACUGCACUGAGGAAGCUGGCGCUAGAAGAUAAAGAGAAAAGUGUUGAAGGAGUUGUUUCUAUACCUGGAGAGGAUGCAUCAAAAGAAGACCAGAUUGAAGGUAUUGUCAACAAUGUGAAGUGGCAGAUGUCUUCUGACCGCAAAGUUGGUGCUCUGAAACAACUUCAAGGAUUGAUUUGGAAGCAAGGCUAUGAUAAAGGAGAUAUCAAGGGCCACGUUUACGACGAUGUUCUCCCGGGAUUGGAACAGUGGAGAGCUGUUGACGGUCAGAAGGUCUACAUCUACUCUUCUGGAUCUGUUCAAGCUCAAAAAUUAUUGUUUGGACAAUCGCUGGCUGGAGACCUGCUUAAGUUUAUUGAUGGCCAUUUCGAUACAGCAGUUGGUGCUAAGCAGGAGGCAGCAAGUUAUAAGGCCAUAGUGGAGAAAAUAGGUUGCAGUGCUGAAGAUGUGCUGUUUUUAACUGAUGUUGUUAAAGAAGCGGAAGCCGCCAAAUCUGCUGGUCUAUACACAGCUCUAGUCACAAGAGAAGGCAAUGCACCACUCACAGAUGAAGACAAAAGUUCAUACCCUGUGAUUGAGUCGUUUGGGCAACUUACAGUCUCAAACAAACGCAAGACCGACCCUCAGGACGAACAACCCGCCAAAGUUCUUAAGACUGAUAUAAAUGAUGACGUAAAGACUGCGACCGAGUCCGCCGAAGAAAAAGUGGCGUCACCUACUGAAAAGGUAGCAGAAGAAAAAAUGGAAGUGGACGAUUCCGCUGUUGAAGCGAAGAGCGAGACAAUUAUUGAAGAAAUAACCGACGCUAAGGAUACUGAUGCUCCAGUUUGUGAUAUUAAACCAAUUGUAACUGAAGUCGAUGAUAGCCAAGAAAAAGAAGAAAAGAUGGAAACUGAAAUAAAUGGAAGUGUUGCUGCUGAAAAGUCGCAAGCUAAAGAAACGUCAGACGAAAAAACUCCUAAAAAGGCUAAUGAACUGUCGAAAGACCAAGUCGUUAAAGAAGACAGUCCUGUCGCGGAGGAGACCCCUCCUGCUGUAAUCACAGAAAUAGAAGAAAUUACAAACGAGAAGGAAUCACUUGCAGAUGCUGCUGAAAUAAUUGAGGGGCUGGAUCCGGUUGUUGAAGAACCAGAAACGGAAGCUGAAAUAGAUAACUUGCAAAAUGUAAGUGAUGAAUUGGAAAAAGAAUGUGAUGAGAUAUUAUCUAAAAUGAAGAAUGUCGCAAAUUUAGAAAAUAUGAAGCCUCUAUUAAAACCUAUUAUUGAAGAAUCUAUGGAAGUCGAAAAUCAUGUACCCAAUGAAGGCGAUAAAGUUUCAGAUACCAAAGUGGAAUCAAAAAAUGAUAGUCAGCCAGCCGUAUCUGAAAGCAAAGAAAAGAAGGAUGUAGAGGAAAAAGCCGAUGAAAGUAAAGAACCUAAAGUCCUAGAAGCAAGUGAAGACAAAAGUAUUUCAAAUGAACCUAUUGCUGAAAAGGCUAAAGAAACAAAUGGAAUUGAUAAAAUUGCAGUGCCCACUGACGAAACUGAAGUUAAACAGGAAAACGACUCAAAACCUACGGAUGUCGUAACAGAAACGAAAGCCGAAAAAGAAAUUGUGCCGAAAAAUACAAAAGAGACUCAAGCCGAACCAGAAAAAUCUGAAUCAAAUGACACAAAGGAAACGAAGGGUGAGAAUGAAGUUCAAUUAAAUGGUGAUGCGACAAAUGGGACUGAAAUUAGCCAAAAUGGUGUCGAAAAAGUAGAAGAAAGGCUUUCGGCAGAAAAUGGUAAAGAAAUGAACGGUUCAAAUGGCACUAACGAAACAGAAGAAGAAAUUAAGUCUGUUUCGGAGAUCAAAGUUAAAUCCCUCUCAAAGGAAGAUCCACUUCCAGACCCCAUAGAGCAAGCGACAGAGGCAUAAAAUACUUAUUGUAAAAGGUGGCGCUGCGUAUCAUGGGGCUCAAGACUGAGGCUAUUGACAUCACUCACUAGUUCAUACAUUAUUUCUAAUAUUUCUCUUUAAAGAUACACUUUACGGGAUUAAAAUGCGUUACAAUAUUAUCGUCAUAAAACUAAAGUUUAAUUGCCUUCACUAGUAACAGUACUUUUUUGUCUCUUUCUGUCAAAUUGAAUUCAAACUGCGAUGAAAAGAGAUGAGUAAGUUACUUUUAAAUUGGUGCAAUUAGGCCAAGUAUUAAUAAGGGGUAUAAUUUUACAAUUUGAAAAGUUUGAAAACUUUGUAGCAAAUAACAUAUGCUACAAGGCAUUAGAUCAGUACAAAGGUUUUAAAAGGUAACGCAUUUUAAUCCGGUAAAAUAAUUUUUAUAACACAUUUUACGUGUAUGAAGUGAUACUUGCAAUAAUACAAAUUUGUUAAAAUUACCUAAACUGCUGGACUUGUUAAGUUCUAUUUCUAUCACUUCCCAUUUUUAAACAGGUCCUAAAUUGUUAGGUUUUAUACUAGUUAAAGUGACGAGCCUCUUUGUAAAUACAAUUGAAAACAAAUUGUCUAUGCUUUUGUGUCUUUUAUAUCUGUCGGGAGUUUUAUAAGUACAUUUUAGUGAGUAAGCAUAGAUGUGUUGUUUUCGAUUGGUUUUCUCAUUUUUACGUCAUAUUCAUAAUUUUAAGAUAGGCUAAGGACAGGUUAAAUUAGGCGUUUUGUUUAGAAAAAUAGCGUUUACGCACAGUAUUCGAGGCGUUAAGCCGUUAGAAUCUCGAAAAUCCUAUAGUAUUAUCUACAUAUUAGUAUUUAGCAUUACCAGCGGCACGCUAAGGUGGCCUUUUUGACAUACAAACAAAAUCGGCGAAGUUAAUUUGAUCGAAUCAAAAUGGCCGUUUUAGCGUACCGCUGGUAGAAAAUGUUGCCAAUACAAAAAAUCCUAAUGCCGCGUAAUGUAUGAAUAAUGAGACUAAUUUUAUUAAGACUGCUGUCCUUCAGUUACCAGUGUACACACUGAUCGAUAAGGUUUAAUUCUAAGUAUUGUGGAUCUUUUGUGUCGUAAGCCAUAGACCAAAAACAUCAAUAUACGGCUGGACUAAUUCUUAAUAGUUAAAAAUGUCAUUAGUUAUGGCAGAAAGAUGAACUAAUUACUGCCAUUUUAGUAUUUUUUCUACUGAAUUUAGAUACCGCAAUGCGAGCAAAGGCACUCCAAUUAAAUUUUUAAGUCCAGCUUGUAAAUUGAGAUUUGUGGUCCAUUGUCGAUAUUCAUCACACUGCCAAAUCACUUGCCCUUACAUUUGACGUCAGUUUACAAUUUUUGUUGUGAUAUUGAAAAUAAGACUGUAUAUUAGUCAUGACUGGGCUGUGUUGUUUUGAAUGGAUGACUGAUAUAGUGCCAUAAACUUAUCUUAACAAUUGUAAUUGCAUUGGGACGGUUAAGUUUACAGCACUAUACUAUGUAGGUAAGAUAAUUUUGAUACUCAAGUAUCUAUAGGGUUUCUUAAUAUUCAAGACAUGAAAUUGCUAAUUAAUUUAAGCUAUAAAAGUUUUUUACUCCUUGUUGGGAAACCCUUAACUCAUAUCGCAUCACGAAGCUAAUUAAGGUAUUUGUAUAUAUGGUUUAUAUGGCUUUUGGGAUUGUUGAAUUGAUUGAGCCCUACAAUUAUCACUUAAUGGAAUUAUGAAGUUGUAAUUGACAGUUUUUGAAGAGGGUGGGGCCUCAGAGGGCGGGCUCAUUAUUCUUGCACAGGAUCCUUUAGUAGACUAUGUGUCUGACUGGACAAAUACUAGUCAAAUAUCGAUGUGUGAGCCAUUCUUUGUAUUAUUUUUAUACCAUAUAUAUUAAGUUCUAAAUUGUUCCUCUUUAGUUGUAAGGUAACGGAUCGUUAUUGUUAAACUGACAUCAAGUGUUAGACAGUUCCUUUCUUAGACUGAUUUAUUCCUAUCACAAUACGUUUAAUUUUCGUUUUACUAUUAAAAUGAGGACUUAAUUACAAUUAUUUCUUGACUGCUUAAGUUUUUGUAGUAAGACAAUAUGUGCUUUUGUUUUUGAUAUUUUUUUGACAUUAGAUGCUUACAUAACUUUAGUUAUUUGAUAAUACUUCCCUUUGUAUAAAUAAACGUGAUUUUUAAUUACUGAGAUAAUAUAAUGGAUGUAGAAUAUCUCA